CGCUGCUCGUUCACUCAGCGCUGUCUGACGCUGCCCUUGUCCCUCACUCUCUCUCCUCUCGGAAUCUUCUUUUUGUUGUCACCCCCCCACAGAAAACAUGCAGGGAAGAGAGUAGAGAAGAAGAGACGCGUCGGAGGCGACAGGAGAGAGAGAGAGAGAGAGAGAGAGAGAAAGAGAAAGCAGAGAAAGUUUGGAAGAGCGAGAGGAGAGGAGAGAGGUCGACCAGAUGGGAGGAAGGAAGGAAGGGAUCUCUCUGCGGGCUCAAGUGCGCGAUUAAAGGAUUCGGCAUAAAUAAACAAAUAUAACAAUCAAAGCUCAUAAUAAAAAGCGGGGGUUGAAGGCGCGCCACCGCGUUGCGUGGACGCGGACAAGACAGCGGCGGUGCGCGCCGAAACUCUCAGUCCUGUCUUUCUCCUUCUCUCUCUGGAUUUUACUCCUCAUGUUCUUCAAACUCUCGGUGACGUUUACCAACUGUUGAGGUCAGGGUCUGAAAAAAAAAGUUCCCUCUCGCCGCGCACUUGCAGUUCACUCUCUCCCCGGAAAAGAAGAACAAGCUCCGGGGUGGAAGAGGAGGAAGGAAGAGUGUUGUUGUUUUUUUUUUUUUUUGUGCCUUCCAAAGGAGUCGCGGUAGCCGGGGUUUAGGCGUUGGCACCCGGGCAGGGAGUCCCUCGCCAUGGCCGGGGCCAAGCCGGGAGUCCACGCGCUGCAGCUCAAACCAGUGUCCGUCCACGAAGCGCUGAAGAAGGGGGGCAAAUUCAUCAAAUGGGACGAGCCGACUUUGGAGCCUAAACUCAAGGAGCCUAACAGCGGGCCCCCCACCCUGGUCACUCUGAAAGUUGACCCAGAUGGAUUCUUCCUCUACUGGACUGGAGGGUCCAACCUGGAGGUGGAGGUUCUGGACAUCAACGCCAUCAGGGACACCAGAACAGGGAAAUACGCCAAACUACCAAAGGACCCGAAGCUGCGGGACGUGCUGGGCUUCGGUAAGGCCAACAACGUUGAAGGGAAGCUGGUAACCGUUGUCCAUGGCAGCGACCUGGUCAACAUCUCCUUCCUCAACUUCCAGGCGAUGCAGAAAGAUGCAGCCAAGAUUUGGACGGAUGAGCUGUUCACUUUGGCCACAAACAUACUUUCGCAGAAUGCAUCACGGCACACCUUCCUCCUCAAAGCGUACACUAAGUUAAAGCUGCAGGUGAAUCAGGAUGGGAAGAUUCCUGUGAAGAAUAUUCUCAAGAUGUUUUCAGAUAAAAAGAGAGUGGAGACGGCUCUGGAGCAGUGUGGCCUCGUCAACAACCGGGCUGAGGGAAUAAAGCCAGAUGAUUUCACGUGGGACGCCUUCCAGAGAUUUCUCGACACCCUCUGUCUCCGGCCCGAGAUACAAAGCAUCUUUGAAGAAAGUGGCUCCAAGAGGAAGCCGUUCAUCUCUUUGGACCAGUUGAUGGACUUCAUUAACCGCAGGCAGCGAGACUCCCGGCUGAACGAGGUGCUGUACCCCCCGCUGAAAAGAGAACAGGUCCGACAGACCAUGGAGAAAUACGAGACCAACGCCAGCCAGCUGGAGAGAGACCAGAUCAGUUUGCAGGCUUUCAGUCGAUAUCUGGAAGGAGAGGAAAACAGCAUCGUGCCUCCAGAGAGGCUAGACAUCAUCGACGACAUGAACCAACCACUGUCUCACUACUUCAUCAAUUCCUCGCACAACACAUACCUCACAGUGGGUCAGCUGACUGGUCUGUCGUCAGUGGAGAUGUACAGGCAGGUGCUGCUGACUGGCUGUCGCUGUAUAGAGCUGGACUGCUGGAAGGGCCGGCCUCAAGACGAGGAGCCCUACAUCACCCACGGGUUCACCAUGACCACUGAGAUCCCCUUUAAGGAGGUGAUUGAGGCGAUAGCAGAAAGUGCUUUCAAGACCUCGUCGUACCCCCUCAUCCUGUCCUUUGAAAACCACGUAGACUCGGCCAAGCAGCAGGCCAAGAUGGCCGAGUACUGCAGGACCAUCUUUGGAGAUGCCCUGCUCAUUGAACCACUGGAGAAAUAUCCGCUGGUCCCCGGUCAGGCCCUGCCUUCUCCGCAGGAGAUGCUGGGUAAGAUUCUCAUCAAAAACAAGAAAAAGCACCAAUACCACCGACCCACGGGCAGUGGCAGCAUAAGACGCAGAGAGCUGGAGGAGCAGUUGUCGCCCAACAACGACUGCCCUCUGAUGGACAGCGAGGGAAGCCAUCUCCUUUCUAACGGGGAGGAAAAGCUGGCCGAGAGGUUGGUCAAAGACUCUGAGCCUCGCAAAUCCAUUGGAGGAGAUGGAGAAAGCGAGGAGGAUGAGGAGGAUGAACCGGCAACUGAUCUGAAAAAGCCGAACUCUGACGAGGGUACCGCCAGCAGUGAGGUGAACGCCACGGAGGAGAUGUCGACACUCGUCAACUACAUCGAGCCUGUCAAGUUCAAGAGCUUCGAGGUGGCAAACAAGAGGAGGAAGUUCUUUGAAAUGUCGUCGUUGGUGGAAACAAAAGGCAUGGACACCCUGAAGGGCUCCCCCAUCGAGUUUGUCGAGUACAAUAAGAAUCAGCUGAGCCGAAUCUACCCCAAAGGAACAAGGGUGGACAGCUCCAACUACAUGCCUCAGCUCUUCUGGAACGUCGGCUGCCAGAUGGUGGCGCUAAACUUCCAGACCCUGGACCUCCCUAUGCAGCUGAACAUGGGUGUGUUUGAGUACAACGGCCACAGCGGCUACCUGCUGAAACCUGAGUUCAUGAGGAGGACGGACAAGCACUUUGACCCUUUCACAGAAAACAUUGUGGAUGGUAUAGUCGCCAAUACUGUCAAAAUUAAGGUGAUCUCAGGCCAGUUUCUGAUCGAUAAAAAGGUGGGCGUGUACGUGGAAGUGGACAUAUUUGGACUUCCUGCUGAUACAAAGAGGAAGUACAGAACCAAAACAUCCAAUGGGAACUCGCUGGACCCCGUGUGGGACGAUGACAUGUUCGUGUUUAAUAAGGUGGUCCUCCCCACACUGGCCUCUCUGAGGAUAGCGGUGUUUGAAGAAAACGGCAAGUUUAUUGGACACCGGAUCCUCCCGGUGUCGGCCAUCAGACCUGGCUACAACUACAUCAACCUAAAGAAUGAGCUGAACCAGCCCCUCCUGCUGCCCUCUCUGCUGGUUUACACUGAAGCUCAGGACUACAUCCCUAAUGAACACCAGGAGUACGCAGAGGCUCUGACCAACCCCAUUAAGCACAUCAGUCAGUUGCAUAAGAGAGAGACGCAGCUGGCUGCUCUCAUAGAGGACAACAGUGAGCAUGUCCCCAACCAGCCCAAAGACGGAGAGACCAAGAGGGAGAGUGAAAUCAUUCCAGGACUCUCCUCAACCUUCCACUCUCUACCCCGUUGCUCAUUGGAAGAAGCCCCUGACAUCAUCAAAUUACCUGCACCGGCUCAAAGUCCAAAGGAAGACCUCAUUGCCACUGUUCUGGCAGACGUCCAGGCCCAGUCCUUAGAGGAGUUGAAGGAGCAGAAGAGCUAUCUGAAGCUGCUAAAGAAACAGAGCAAAGAAAUCAAAGAGAUGCGUAAGAAACACCUGAAGAAGGUGUGGAAUCUGAGUAAGGCGCAGAAGAGUCGGAGUUGCCAGCUUAAAUCUGACACCCAGAGGAGACGCAGUCAGAUGGAGAAGGUCCUCAAACGUAGCAUCAAGAAAAACGAGCCCCCUGACCCGAUGCAGCGUGAGCUGACGGCGUUGGAUCAGGAGCUUGAGAAGCAAACGGUCCAGCUGAGGGAAUGGCAGAUGCAAGAACUGCUGAAGCUCCGACAACAGCUUCACUUGCCGGAGAGAGAGACGCAACAAACACACCUGCGGGAGGCCUUGCAGAAGUUAAAGGAGACGACCCUCGAAUGCCAAGCAGCUCAGCUGAAGAAGCUCAAGGACACGUGCGAAAAGGAGAAGAAAGAGCUCCAGAAGAUCCUGGACAGGAAGCGACAAUACAGCAUCUGCGAAGCCAAGAUUCGCGACAAAGACAAGGCUGAAACGGAACUGAAUGAGAUCAACAGAAAACAUAUUCAAGAUUCUGUCGCCUUAAUCCGCGGGGUAAGUACCCGCACUAGCACACACGCACACGCAUUCUUAUCACCCAACAGUCCUUAGGAUGGUCGUUUCGCUACUUUAUAGUACAGAGAGUACAAGAGUGGUGUAAAGUUGAUGACAGUGGCAGAAAAAAAGACAUUGUCAUCAACUUUGCUCGGACUCUUUUCACACAUUAUCUUCCUUUCCGUUCCUCCCUAAUUCGCAUAUCUUGUUGCUGUCAUUCCUUCUCUCAACCUUAAAUAUAUACA